CCUUAUUGACAUCCUUCUUCAGUAAAAGGCGGGUAAAUGGUGAUAAGGAACACAGCGUUUUGUUUUGAGAUUUCGCUACGGAGAGCCCCAGCACACUGCUUAUUUAUAGGCAGUAAUGGCGUGUAAGAGAGGAGCGCUCAUUGUGCUGGAGGGAGUGGACAAGGCCGGGAAAACCACGCAGUGCAAGAAACUGGUUCAUGCGCUGCAGCAGAGCGGCCGACCCGCAGAGAUGAUGAGAUUUCCCGACAGGACCACGACAAUCGGACAGCUGAUUAGCGCCUACCUGGAGAAGAAAAGUGAUUUGGAGGACCACACGGUGCACCUGCUGUUCUCUGCAAACCGCUGGGAACUAGUGCCUUUAAUGAAGAAGAAGCUGGAGCAAGGCACCACUCUGGUUGUAGACCGGUACGCCUUCUCUGGAGCUGCUUUCACCAGUGCAAAGCCAGGUUUCUGUCUGGACUGGUGCAUGAAACCUGACGUGGGACUGCCGAAGCCGGACCUUGUUAUGUUUCUACAGCUCAGUCCGACCGAGGCGGCUCUCAGAGGUCAGUUUGGAGAAGAGAGAUACGAGACCAGUGUUUUCCAAAAAGCGGUUCAACAGAAAUUUGAACAGCUGAUGAAAGAUCCUUCAGUCAACUGGCAGGUGAUUGAUGCUUCUCAGAGUGUUGAGGACGUGCACAAGAACAUCACGACGAUCAGCCUGAAUACUAUUAACGCAGCUCAGGAACUGGAGCUUGGAGAGCUGUGGAAGUGAACCUGAAGCAGUCUCUGUGAGACAAAGACCAUUUAAAUGACUAUGCUACACACUUCUCUUAACCCUCUUUUUUUGGAUGCAGAAGAGAAUGCCUUGGCUACGAGUUAAAUGUAAUUCCAUACCGUCUUGAAAUUGAAGAGAGGUGUACCAUUGUCAAAUAUCAGAUUUAUUUGUUUUUAAUCCUCUUACAUGUGUACUGUUCUUUCACCUGUCUAUAUAUUGUGUCGAUUAAAUAAAUAAUCUUCAAAU